CGUGACAUGCAUUUAGAUUGUGUACAGUGAGGCGUGGCGCUCGUUCCCUUGAACAGGUAGCGGACAGUUAUAUUCUAGCUGGAUAGAAAUGUGUUAAGGACCUCAGCCACAAGUCCCUUUUGUCGUCUUCUGAGGUAAGACAUUUGGCUUAGGCUGACAAGAAAUACCAUCACGCACGCAUUACAUCGCAGGAUGGAUAUUCCACAUAGUGUUAUCCUGCAAAGGAAUUACGUAUAUCUAAAGGAGAACCUUCAGGUCGACCCUGUGCUAGAUGCCUUGUACCAGGGCUGUGUCUUCACACAGGGAGACUAUGACAGGUGUAGACUAGUUGCACCAGAGAGACAAUGUGAACUGUUCCUGGAGAUUUUGAAGAAAAAAGGGGUUGAAGGCUACAGGACACUGUGUGCUGUUCUCGAUUCCACACAACCAUUUAUCAAGGAGAAACUUGAUAACACCUCAACUGAAGAAGAUGUCCCAGUGAGCACUCCACAGACGUUAGCUGCAAAUUCAGAAAGUGGAGAAACUUUAAACGGGUGUGACAAUAACAUUCUCACCUCAGGCCAAUUGACUCACAAGUUUCGCUCCAGCCAUGAUCAACUGGGAAUAGCCAGGACUAUAAGUGACAGCCACUGUGGUAACACUCCAGUAACUUGUUUGGCAGAACAUUUCUACACGUUGCUGACCGGCGUGCAACUAGAGGCCUUGUUUCACCACAUCUCGGGCGUUACAAAUGUUGUCGCAGACGCGAUGUCAAGGCGACACCAGUCAACGCCAAAAACUUCAUCCAAAUUUAUUUCAGUGGAUUGGUUAACAGCCGAACACGACCAACACUGAUGUGGGCGCUACAGGAUACGACCACCAGCUUCCAAUGUUCGACUCUCCAAACUCAGAUUAACUCUUCUGGGAUCACGAUCCACUGGCCAUGUUCUGGAACACAAUACACACCUUCAUAUUUUCGACACCACCACUACUACUUAGAGUACUGCUGAAGUUGACUAAAACUAGUGCCAACGUCUUUCCAUUGUGCCUUAUUGGCUCAGGAGACUAUGGUUCCAGAACUAGAAAGAUCACAGGAAUCCUGGGAACCACCCUGGGAAGGGCAAUUCCGCAAUGCAUGCAUGUAGCAGACCCAUUGAUCCCCAAACCGCUGGCUCUGCACGUGUGGAACAUCCACAACCAUCAACCCAUUCCUUGCAGUUCCUAGGUCCAGAAGAGUCAUGCUUGUAUUUGGGAAGUCAAUGCCUUGAAUGUAACUUAACUUAAAUUUGACAAUGACCAGAUGCCUCAUAUGGACCUAAUGUGGGAUUUUGUCAUCAAACACCAUUGUUUUCCAGAUAUUCUUUGUGUCACAUUGUGUCACAAUAACUAUUCAGAGGGAUUGUUGCUCUGCGAUUCUACGGGACUCACGUAUUUUAAGCCGCGCUGCUAGACACUGAAGCAUCAAUUUACAAGUUAGAGUUAAGGAUAUGGCAGGGGAUAUGGAUUAGUGAGGAUUACUCUCGCUGAGCAGAUUCUUAUCCAUACGUAUUCCAGAGCUGGUUAGCAAUAAGGCAAGCUGCAGAAGCGGGUCCCAAGUGUUGCAAUAUGUUGUGCAGGGAUAGAACAUAUACUUACAUGAAUUUGGUUAUUCACGCUAUUAGUAUCCUUACAUUGUCACAAGAAGUAUCUGUCCCAGGCCUAGAUACCAAGACACAUGCUGACGAGAAGACAGUUGAGUAUCAAGGGCGGGUAACUCUGUUUGGUAACCAACGGCAACGUGUGUCCAGGUGCAGAAGUGCCCUGCUUUGGCGUCUAUUUUUUAUGAACAAAUGGAAAUACAUUGUGCCAGGAUAAGUAUUCUUAUAACAUGAAUAGCAAACGUCGACAAGCAAGGAAUUAUUCCAAACAAUAUCAACUUUAAAUUUUAUUCUUUUUCGAAGAUAACAGUCUUAUAAAUCUUGUCACACCCUGUUUUCUACUGGCGCAAUAUUAUUUUUUCAGGUAGUACAGAUCUUGUCUAUGUCAACAAGGAAAAGCUGGAA